GUCACCAGUAAACAGAGCAGCAUCGCGCGUUCUCUCGUCCUUUUUCCCCUACACAUUCUCCCAUACGUUUGUACACAAAAUCGUUGUUUCCCCCGAUCCCUUCGAGUGGCACCGCGCGGAGUUCACGGAACGAGCCUCCAGGAAGCAUGGUGGAUCAACAGCAGUCGGAGCAGCAACAGGAAGCUGUGCCGAGCGUGGUGGAGCUGAACGUGGGCGGUGUGUUCUACACGACCGCUCUAACCACCCUCACCCGGGAGAGCGAUUCUCAUCUGGCCGCUUUGUUUUCGGGGAAAACGCCGGUCGAGAAGGACGCCAAGGGAAAGUAUUUCCUGGACCGGGACGGGGUACUUUUCCGUUACGUGCUCGAUUUCCUGCGCAAUCAGGCGCUCGUUCUGCCCGAGGGCUUCCGGGAGAAGGAACGGUUGAAGCAGGAGGCGAACUUUUACGGUUUACCCGGGCUGGAACGUGCCAUUCUGGAGAACAAGACUUCCGGUUCCUUGACCUCGUCGGGGAAGAGACCGCCCGGUCACAUAACCGUCGGUUAUCGCGGCAGUUUCGCGUUCGGUCGCGAAGGUCUGGCGGAUGUUAAGUUCCGGAAAUUGUCCAGGAUCCUCGUAUGUGGUCGCGUCACUCUCUGCAGGGACGUCUUCGGGGAGACGCUGAACGAGAGCCGUGAUCCGGAUCAUGGCGCUUCCGAUCGCUACACCUCUAGGUUCUUCCUGAAGCACAGCUCCAUCGAGCAGGCUUUCGAUAUGCUUCAAGAACAGGGAUUCAAGCUGGCAGGUAGCUGCGGUUCCGGCACAGCUGGCAGCAACACGGAACAGCUGAAGCCCGGAGUGGACUCCGAGGAGAAUCGUUGGAAUCAUUACAACGAGUUCGUCUUUGUCCGCGAUUAA